AUGGAGAGCCGAAAGGACAUGGUUAUGUUUCUGGACGGGGGUCAGCUUGGCACUCUGGUUGGCAAGAGAGUGUCCAAUUUGUCCGAAGCCGUAGGCAGCCCGCUGCCCGAGCCGCCCGAGAAGAUGGUGCCCCGUGUUUGCCUGAGCCCGCGGGCCGGCCCUCCGACCGCCCGGGAGCGCGGCGGGGGAGGUCCGGAGGAGGAGCCGGUCGAUGGACUAGCAGGCAGCGCGGCGGGGCCGGGCGCCGAGCCACGGGCAGCCGGGGCGGCCAUGCUCGGCCCGGGACCCCCGGCCCCCUCCACCGACAGCCUCUCCGGCCAGGGGCAACCCAGUAGCUCGGACACCGAGUCGGAUUUCUAUGAAGAAAUCGAGGUGAGCUGUACCCCGGACUGCGCCACCGGGAACGCCGAGUACCAGCACAGCAAAGGGCCUGGCUCCGAGGCACUGGCUGGCAGUCCGAACGGCGGCAGCGAGGCCCCCAAGAGCAACGGCGGCGGCGGCGGCGGCGGCUCACAAGGCACCCUGGCCUGCAGCGCCAGUGACCAGAUGCGCCGUUACCGCACGGCCUUCACCCGGGAGCAGAUUGCGCGGCUGGAGAAAGAAUUCUACCGGGAGAACUACGUAUCGAGGCCGCGGAGAUGCGAGCUGGCGGCUGCCUUGAACCUGCCGGAAACCACCAUCAAGGUGUGGUUCCAGAACCGGCGCAUGAAGGACAAACGGCAGCGGCUGGCCAUGACGUGGCCGCACCCGGCGGAUCCCGCCUUCUACACGUACAUGAUGAGCCACGCGGCGGCCGCGGGCGGCCUGCCCUACCCGUUCCCGUCGCACCUGCCCCUGCCCUACUACUCGCCCGUGGGCCUGGGCGCCGCGUCCGCCGCCUCGGCCGCAGCCUCGCCCUUCAGCGGCCCGCUGCGCCCGCUCGACACGUUCCGCGUUCUCUCGCAGCCCUACCCGCGGCCCGAACUGCUGUGCGCCUUCCGCCACCCGCCGCUCUACCCCGGCCCGGCGCACGGACUGGGCGCCUCGGCCGGCGGCCCCUGCUCCUGCAUCGCCUGCCACAGCGGCCCGGCCAACGGGCUGGCGCCCCGGGCCAGCGCCGCCUCGGACUUCACCUGUGCCUCCACCUCCCGCUCGGACUCCUUCCUCACCUUCGCCCCCUCCGUGCUCAGCAAGGCCUCCUCCGUCGCGCUGGACCAGAGGGAGGAGGUGCCCCUCACCAGAUAA